GUAGUAGUGUCAGGUAAUAAAACAGGAAUUUCAAAAUAAAACACUGUGUACACCCUCUGUAUGUUUCAUUUAUAAUCCACCUCUCAGUACAAACUCAGAUCAGACGCGCCUUUUCUUUUCAGAGUUGCAGUAAUCUGAAUAUACUUCUGUGAGCAUCGUCAUGUGGGCUGAAAAUGAUUUGUGUCCAGAAAAGCUCCAAAGUUGUGCAGAACCUACUGAUGGAAAAGUGUACCGAAUGUAUCAUGGUACAUCCCGUGAGGCUGCUACCGAAAUAUUAAUCAAUGGCUUUAAACCGUCUGCGAACGGCAUGUUAGGGCGUGGUGUGUAUCUCAGUCGUGAUCUUAAUAAGGCCAGUAGAUAUCCUUUGGAGCUCCCUGAGCGCCUGAGAGUUGUUAUAAGGGUGAAUGUCCAUGUUGGGAGAGUGAAGAGAAUCGAUUUUCAAGGUCACCCACUGCAGAAAACCUGGCAUGAUCAUGGCUAUGACACUGCUUGGUGUCCUCCUAACUGUGGCAUGGCAAGUGGUCUGGAAGAAGAUUGUGUGUGGGAUCCAAGCCAUAUCCAGGUCAUUGAUGUAAUUCAACCAAGACAAUCUCUAGCACAGCAGGUAAAGAAAAAGCACUGGUCACAACCUAUUGAUGGAAAAGUGUACAUAAUGUAUCAUGGCACCUCCCGUGAGGCUGCUGCCAAAAUAAUGAUCAAUGGCUUUGAACCGUCUGCGGAUGGCAUGUUAGGGCAUGGUGUGUACCUCAGCCGUGAUCUUAAUAAGGCCAGUAGAUACCCUUUGGAGCUCCCUGAGAACCUGAGAGUUGUUCUAAAAGUGAGAGUUAAAGUUGGGAAAGUGAAGAAAAUCGAUCACCAAGGUCACCCACUGCAGAAAACCUGGCACGAUCAUGGCUAUGACACUGCUUGGUGUCCUCCUGAAUGUGGCAUGGUUCCAAGUGGUCUGGAAGAAGAUUGUGUGUGGGAUCCAAGCCGUAUCAAGGUCAUUGGUAUAAUUCCACCAAAAAAAAACAUCAGGACUAUUCCAUGAUUACUAAGUUGUUGUUUAAAAUUACAGACUAUCAGUAAAUAUAAAUGAAAAAAAAAAUUAACACUGUCAAAAUGACUAGAAAUUAAUAAAAUAUCUUCACAUUUUUU